AUGUUCCCUUCCACGCCACAAAGAAAAGCUUUGAAUGAAGCUCAGCCUUCGGAAUAUGAGCAAACUGACGACUAUUCUCAUACGAGCAUUCGAUCUACACCAACAUCAAAUGUUUUUACGCGCUCAAAAAAUACUCCAGGUCAAAAGCUAACUGAAGACAUGUCCAUAUGGCUGUUUAAAAAAACAUUUGUUGAUGUUUUUGGAACUGAAGUAGUUGAUUCUUGGAGUAUUAAGUGGGAUGUAUUCGAGCAGAAGUUAUGCCCUCUUGAUUCAGCAAGUACACAAUUGCAGCUCAGAAGGUUAAAAGAGAGAACGCAAAAAGUAGCGACAAGCAAAGACGAAGCGUUUUUGACUUUUAAGGUGAUCAAGAUUGUAGACAGUUUGCCCGAUCUGGAACUGGAAAGAUUGGAACAACGCGCCAAACAUUAUUUUACAAAUUUAUUUCAAGGAAAUGCAAUGAUCCAUUCAUAUCCCAAAAAAUCAGGUGUUCAAAUGGGUUGUAUCUUGGAAGUCCAUAGUCACUUUGGAAAAGAGAAAAAACAAAAAUACUACGUUAAAACUCAUUCACAAGGUAACACAAUUUCUGAUUCUACAGGAAGAGACAAGGUGGACUUGUGCGAAUUAAUGGUGUACAAAAUUUUGGAGAGGCUAAGAUUUAUGCCUGAAGUGCAUUUUAUUGGGAGAGACUGCAAAGAGUUCUAUAUAGCAACUUUAGACGCUAAUGAAUAUGGCAGCUUCUACGAAUUCGAUAAAAUUGUGGAUGCGUCAUCAGAACACCACAAGGUUCUCGAAUCUGUUUGUGGGAACUUGGUAAAACAUGUGGCCACUCUGGAGAGAGAAAGAAAACUCAACGCUCCAACAGAUGUUGACAAUAUUCAGCUGGAUCAAAUCGCAAAAGAAUUUAUUGAUCAGGUGACUAUGAUAGAUCUUCUAUGCAGAAUGUUCUUUUUGACCGAUUUGCUGAUGAAUUAUCAAAAUUUUGGUUUCUUACUUCCAAACAGGAGACUUAUCGUCCUGGAUUUUAGAUGCAGCCUACAGGAUUUUACGUCUUGUGAUUUUGAAUACUUUCUUCUUGGAAAUGGAAAGUAUAAAUACUAUAUUGCUCAUCCAUGCCUUAGGUAUCCUUUGCGCUCUUGUAAUGUUUCUAAACGAGCAUCAUUGACGUUUGAGAUUUUGACUAGUGGUCCGUUGCAACAUCUAGAGACAGUUGCAAAAGAAGUGGCAGAAGAAAUAAGAGCAAUAUGUUCUUCAAACAAUCUGCUUGAUGAUUUGGUUCAAGAAUUGGAUAAUACUUUAAAAGUAAUGGUCAACAAUAUAGAUACUUUUAAGAGCUACUUAAAGAAAUUCGUUACGCAAUAA